UCGAUCGGUGCCACCGGUGCCGCAAGCCUGCGCCUGCAGCUACAGCAAACCAGGUCGGCUCGGUUUCAGACGCUGCGCCGUGUGGUGCUAUCUAGCGCAGAGCGGCAGCGGCUGACGCUGUGUACGGCGCUUCUGGCUGAGGUGGCUCAGGGCUUCGGCUUCCGGUUAACGGUGCGCCAGCCGGACGGACAGGAGGUCGGCGCGAGGCAGGCCAUGGAGGCGGUGGCGCACUUGCAGUCCCAGGGCCCCACAGAUACUCCGGCCGCCGUCACUGCCGCCGGUGCCGCGGCGGGCGAGGAGGCCAACGUGCCGGCGGGCAAUGGCGACGGCACCGAAGCCGUGCCACCUGACUCGCAGGAUGCAUUGGCACCUCUGGAUGUGGAGCUGGGUUUGGCGUCGGGUGGUGCGGUGCUGCCAGGGCAGGCGGCCGGGGUGCUCAAACCGCUGGUGGGGGGAGGCCUGGCAACUCGCCUUGCGAGGUCUCCGAGCGGGCUGCGGCCGGUGCGUCUUGGCAGCCGUGGCAGCCUCACGGCGCUGAUAUCAGGCCGUCUGAUGUCAGCAGCGCUGGGUAGCAUGGGCCUGACUGGGGCGGGCACAGGCACCAAGAAGACGGCGGCAGUACAGGCCGUGCAAGCGGCCAGACGGAGGAUCCUCAUGCGAGCCGCGUCCAACGCGGCCGCUGAGGAAACCGCUGCAGCCGUCGCCAACGCUGCUACGGCAGAAGCAGCAACGGUGGCAACGGCGGCGGCGGAUGUGGACCUAGCCAUCCACACAGCCGCACAGGAGUCAGUGUCCCCGGGCAACAACGGCGACACCUCCGCAAAUGCGCCCGCCGUGCAGAGCAGUAUUGUGGGGCCAAGCAGCUGCGGCGGCCGGCACAUCGUAUGGGACCCGGACAAGCUGCCUAAGCUGCCGGCGGCAGGGCAGGUGCAGCUGCACGUCAAGGGCACAGCUGCGGCCGGCGCGCGGCUGGAGGACUCCGCAGCUGCUGUCGCACCUCCGCCAGCGAAGCGCGCCCGCAUCUGGGAUGCGGCUGCAGCGGCGGAUGCUUCACCACCUAGGUCGUCGUCAGCAGGCGAGGAUGGCAGGAAGGAGCAAGCACCAGGGCACCGGCAGGCGGAUACGGGCGCUAUGUCAGGGGGGAUGGUUAGAACAGAGGAGGGCCACGGAGGUGAGAUGAGGGUUGACGGGGGGCAGCAGCGCGGCGCCGGAGGCGACGAGGAGCCCCCUGGACACGCUGGAGCGGUGAGUACCAGCGGUGCCAGCGGCAGCCGCAGGGACACGGAGGGAGAUACGGAGGGGGAACGGCAGCGUGUUGGCCGAGGCGACCGCGUGGGGGACCCUGACCUGGAUGCCCUGGAUAGCCGCUCCAGACCGAAGCGAACGGAUAGCGCCGCCGAGGCGGGGACCAAGGACCCGGGGUCCGGUCGGUCAAGCAGGCUCCUGGGGACGGCGCUGGCAGGCUCAGCGAAGGCGACGGCGGUGGCAGCCGCUGCCGCGUCAGCGGCCGCUAUUGCUACCAGCUCUCGUCGGCCUCGCGCCCCGAUACACACCGGUGCUCCAGCAGGAUGUGUGUCACGGAGUAGCCCCACCGCCAUCGCAGCGCCGUCAUCGGACGAUGCUACAGACACGGAGGUGGCUGCCGUUGUGGCCGGAAGCGGCCGGACGGCACCCAGGAGUACAUAUGAGGCUGACGGGUCACCGGGUUCAGGAACGGCUGUGACGGGGACGGGUGCGGGUAAGGGGGUCGCUACAUCAGCGAGAGGAGGAGCGCAGCACGGGGGAGGGUCUGGUGGUAGUGGCGCCGCCGCCGGCCCAACAGGCCUGGGCUCUACCGAGAGGGGAACCGGGGCUGGGGCUCUGGUAAGCCCUGCGGGAAAGCUAUUUGGCGCCGCCAUGCGCCAGUUGCAACGACGGAGCCAAGGGUGAAGUGCGGGGUCGGGUUUCUGGGCUGUGACACAGUGGCUGGAGUCGGCGGACAUUGAACCGGACUGCGAGGGUGAGGUGCAUCCGGGACUUUUUGAGGAAAUUGCUGUCAUUUGUAGGUAGGAGGUAGGUGCUUUCGCUGAGGGGGGUUCAUUAGGAGGCGUCAGAGUUCAGAGGUCCGUGCGAAGUAAGUGGGCUUUCGCAAUGGGAUAAGCGUUGGGCCUGGGGGCCUCCGGGAGUAACCGCGAAGUGAGGGGGCCGGAAGGGGGUAGAGGGUAGGACACAAGGUCGGGGAGAGCAAUUCUUUGGACUGCCCCGGUCGCACAAUUCCUGUGCUUCCCUAAUUCGACACCCCGAACAGGCCAAUUCUGACUGUCCGAAUGUCCCUGCCAGGCCAGU